AUGGCGAGCUCCAAACACAGACCCGUGGAGCUACCCUCAUGGUGCCCCAAUUUCAACUCGCCUCCUGGAGAUGACUUCGUCUUUGCUGGUGUGAUAGGCUAUCAAGCAGGAUUUGAUUCCUGGGAGGAGCGGAUACAGUCUCGCGUUCUGUCAGUCCCAGAUUCAGACAACUUGAAGUUUUUCGGAUUUCAGAUCGAUCAUGUCCACACCGUCGUAAGCUCCCCCGAAUAUUGCUACGAUGCCAAGAAAUGGAAAGGACCUGGUGGCACUGUCGACCAAUUACUGCAAGAGGAAGUGAAGUGCCUAGAGCUUUCGCAACAGACAUACGAUCUCCAUGAUCAAAUUCCUGAUGCUCAUUGGCGGACGUUGGUGGCUGAUUCGACGCUCCAAGGCAAAACCCCGCUGGAGCCAGUGGUCUUUGAAGACUAUCUGCGACUCAAGGAGCAAUGGACAUGGCAGAGCGAUACAACGUACAUGGAUUACGUCGGCACAGUGACUCCGUCUGAGCGACAAAGCGUUCUCUCCUACUACCAGUCCAUCGAGGCGAAGAAAACCCGGACUUUCUUUAGCACUGAUGGUAGACGAGUUGGUUUAGGACCGUUUGAUUUGCGGGUUGGGGAUGUCAUUUGUGUUUUGUAUGGAGGUGCUCCGCUGUUUGUGCUGCGGUUCGAAGAUGGCGAGGAGGCAAAGGGAGAUGGGAACGUUGCGACGUUGAUUGGCGAUGUGUAUGUGCAUGGUUUGAUGGACCUCAAAUCUAUGCCUAGCGAUACUCGUAGAGAGGAUAGGUAUUUUCUCGUUGGAUAA